AUGUCCUCAGCAGCAGCAGCCAAGCGCCUCGCCAAUAAGACCGUCGUCAUCACAGGCGCCUCGUCCGGCAUCGGCCGCAGCACCGCCUUCGAGUUUGCGCGGACCGCGCCCAACAACGGGCUCAAGCUGAUCUUGACGGCCCGCCGCGUCGAUGCCCUGGAGCAGAUUGCAAAGGAGAUCCGUGAAGAGGUCGGUGAGGGCGUGCAAGUGCUUCCCGUAAAGCUGGACGUGAGCCAGCCUGAGGAGGUUAGGGGUUUCGUGGGUAACCUGCCGGAGGAGUGGAGAGAUAUUAAUGUUUUGGUUAAUAAUGCUGGUCUCGUAAAAGGAGUCGCCCAAGCCCCAUCCAUCGCCGAAGCCGACAUCAACGUCAUGUUCGCCACCAACGUCACCGGCCUCAUUAACAUGACCCAAGCCAUCCUGCCCAUCUUUAAGGCCCGCGGAAACGAAGGUGGUUCGGGCGACAUCAUUAACAUCGGCUCCAUCGCCGGCCGCGAGCCGUACGCCGGAGGAUCCAUCUACUGCGCCACCAAGGCCGCCGUGCGCAGCUUCACCGAUGCCCUGCGCAAGGAGCUGAUCGCCACGCGCAUCCGCAUCAUGGAGAUUGAUCCCGGCCAGGUAGAGACCGAGUUCAGCGUGGUGAGGUUCUACGGCGACAAGAACAAGGCCGAUGCAGUCUACGCUGGCGUUGAUCCGUUGACGCCGGACGACAUUGCUGAGAUUGUGGUGUUUGUUGCGACAAGAAAGGAGAACGUUGUGGUUGCUGAUACGUUGGUUUUCCCUAGUCAUCAGGCUGGUGCUGGUGUUAUGCACCGCAAGUCGACAUAA